AUGCGCAAUCGCCAGCCACGAUUCAAAGGCGCCUUCAGAGGCGAGGUCGAACGGCCUAGUGCUAGCUACAUCGUUGACAUGCUCCCACCCCUGGCAAGAGUUACUAAUCCUGCCGACUCUGUCCCUACAAAACAUCUUCAUUCGUCUUUGAAUAAGAUCAAACACCCAGUCAAUGUUGUACGAUGGACUCCGGAAGGGCGUCGAUUAUUAACCGCCUCCAGCAGUGGCGAGUUUACGCUAUGGAACGGUACUGGAUUCAACUUUGAGACUAUUAUGCAAGCUCACGAUGUUGCUAUCCGGGCCUUGGCUUACUCGCACAGUGACGACUGGUUAAUAUCAGCUGAUCAUGAUGGUAUUAUUAAAUAUUGGCAGCCUAACUUUAACAAUGUGCAAGUAAUCCAGGGCCAUCACGACCCUAUCCGGGAUCUUGCUUUCAGCCCUAACGACUCUAAAUUUGUUACGGCAUCUGAUGACUCCUCUCUCAAGAUCUUUGAUUUUGCUGGUGGUGUUGCCGAGUCAACACUACAAGGCCAUGGCUGGGAUGCCAAAAGCUGCGACUGGCAUCCUACAAAGGGACUGAUCGUUUCGGGAUCAAAGGACCAUCUCGUCAAGCUCUGGGACCCUAGAACUCAGCGUUGCCUAACCACCCUCCAUGGUCAUAAGAAUACCAUUACUAAGACAUCAUUCGAGCGUGUCAUGGGCUGGUGUCUUGCGACUUCAGCGCGAGACCAAACAGCGAGGAUAUUUGAUAUACGAAUGAUGCGAGAUAUAUGUCUUCUUAGAGGUCACGAGAAAGAUAUUUCUACUCUUGCUUGGCAUCCAAUUCACUCGAAUCUGCUCAGCACCGGAGGUAACGAGGGCUCUUUGUUCCACUAUAUACUAGAUGAGCCGAAUACCCCGGCAGGACAGGCCAUCAGCACGGCAGUUUACGAGAGCCCAGAUCCGUUGACAGCACCUGCGCAGUCCAUAUAUCCAACGCACAAGGUCCCCUAUGCCCAUGACUUCGCAAUUUGGUCCCUUGACUGGCAUCCUCUCGGCCACAUCUUGGCUUCGGGCUCGAACGAUCGUAUUACUCGGUUCUGGUCCCGUGCCCGGCCUGGCGAGACAGAUAUCUUCCAAGAUAGAUAUCAUAUUGGUGAGGCGGCUGCGGAAGCUCAAGGAACUUGGGAUCGACGCGGCGGUCGUCGUCAACGUCAAGAGGAAGAAGAACAGGAACUUGAGGAUGAGGCAGAAGGUUUGGUUGAUCAGAAGAUGCCGCUUAGGCAGCCGGCAUCUGCAUUUCCAGGUCUCCCCGGCCUCUCCUUGCCAGCUAACGGCAUUCCUCCUCCGCCUCCUCAAAUUCCCGGAGUCGGUGCUAUGUCUGCGCCAGCUACAGUACCACCUCUACCGUUCCCAAUCCCUGGCGCGGUUGGCGCUCCACCUCCACCGCUCCCAGGUGGUUUAGAUCCGAAUAACCCAGCCGACUUUGCCAAGAUAGCGGAGAUGAUGCAGAAAGCCGGCCUACCUCCUCCACCACCUCCCAACAUGCUUCCACCAGGUUUAUUUCCGCCUCCGAAUUUCCCAAUGCCACCCGGGUUUCCACCUCCUCCACCUUUUGCACAGACAAGUGCUGAAAUGCAGGCUACCGACAGCAACGGUCGGAGAAGAGCACCCCUCCCCAGUCAGGAAGAAAGCCUACGAAUGGAACAGAAAAAGGGGAAUUAUACUAGAGUGCGUUAG